AUGACUACAGCGAGGCGCAUCAGGGGCGUCACUAAGGAGACACGCUGGCCCUGGGGCGCAGUGCGAGACCCUAAGCACCUGUUUCUCGAGCAGAGUCGAAUCAGGCUGCAACCGCCCAUGUCGCCUAUGCCAGGAGACGCCCCUGGUCGUACUGACGUGCAGACGAUAACGUCCUGGUCGGUUCCAGUGGUUUGGGAGGGAACCUUUGACCCGGUUCUCCUCGACAGCCUCUACCAGGCAAAGAACCUCACCAUCGCAGCCACUGUGUUCGCCGUGGGAAAGUACAUUAGGUUCCUGAAAAAGUUUCUGGAGACCAUGGAGCAGCACUUCUUCACUGGUUUCAAUGUGCAUGUGUUCGUCUUCACUGACCAGCCAAACAAGGUGCCCCAAGUCAAAAUGGCCAGCGGCAGACAGAAUAACCAGUUUUGUCACCAGCCUAAAACCAGGCAACCGCCCAUGUUGCCUAUGCCAGGAGACGCCCCUGGUCGUACUGACGUGCAGACGAUGACGUCCUGGUCGGUUCCAGUGGUUUGGGAGGGAACCUUCGACCCGGUUCUCCUCGACAGCCUCUACCAGGCGAAGAACCUCACCAUCGCAGCCACUGUGUUCGCCGUGGGAAAGUACAUUAGGUUCCUGAAAAAGUUUCUGGAGACCAUGGAGCAGCACUUCUUCACUGGUUUCAAUGUGCAUGUGUUCGUCUUCACUGACCAGCCAAACGAGGUGCCCAAAGUCAAAAUGGCCAGCGGAAGACAGCGGACAGUGAAAACAGUGCCCACCCUUAACCGUUGGCAGGAUAUCAGUGCUAGCAGGAUGCUUCUGGUCCUGACCCUAAUAGAGGAGGAGCUUCGUGACUACGCCGACUUCAUCUUCUGUCUGGAUGUGGACUCCGAAUUCCACGGCCGAUGGGGCACGGAGUCAUUGGGAGAUCUGGUCGGUGUGCUCCAUCCAGGUUACUACAAAAGUGACCGCAGCGGAUUCCCCUAUGAGCGGCGGCCAAUCUCCAAAGCCUACAUGGCUCCUGAGGAAGGGGACUUCUACUACUGUGGGGGGGCAUUUGGAGGCAACCUGCAGGAGGUAGAACGGUUUUGCCAAACCUGCUCCAUCAACUUUUGGGAUGAUCGUAUAAAAGGCAUCGAGGCAGCCUGGCAGGAGGAGAGUCAUCUUAACAGGUAUAUGUGGAUCAAUAAGCCCAGUAAGGUUCUGUCACCUGAGUACCUGUGGCAAGACUUUUUAGCCCGCAACCCUGAAAUCCACCUCAUCAGGUUCUCUGGAAUUGUGAAGAACUACGCAGAGAUCCGACCGAAUGUCUGA